UGUUGUUGGUCCCAAGCCCCGCCUCAGCCUGGAGAUGCUGCACCGGGAACCGGAGUGCUGGCUUGGAUGUCUGCACCUCUCGAGCUGAGGAGCCCGCGCCUCUGAAGCUUUGGGGUGAAGAGCCCCAUUCUUUUUUUCCCUCCCCUUUGGGAGAUUAGUCGUCUGAUUUAAGAUCCCAUCUUCUCUGCAAACCACCAGGUUGUGCAUCUUCACUGAUCGGAAUACAUUUCUUCACCAAAGAACAUGGAUGAAAAUGAAAGCAACCAGUCCCUAAUGACAAACAGGCAAUAUCCUCAAGAAGCAGUGAGGAAACGCAGUCAUUCAGCACGGAAUUCUGGAGGAAAUGAUUCUUCUAGAUUUUCUAGGAAAAGUUUCAAGUUGGAUUACAGACUAGAGGAAGAUGUAACUAAGUCAAAGAAAGGAAAAGAUGGGAGAUUUGUUAAUCCGUGGCCGACGUGGAAAAGUCCCUCCAUUCCAAAUGUUCUCAGAUGGCUGAUAAUGGAAAAAGAUCACAGCGGGGUUCCAAGUUCCAAAGAGGAACUUGACAAAGAACUCCCAGUGCUAAAGCCAUAUUUUAUCGAUGGCCCCGAAGAAGCCCGAGUGAGAGAAGCUGGCCUGCGGGUCACAUGGCUGGGACACGCCACGGUGAUGGUGGAAAUGGACGAGCUCAUAUUCCUGACGGAUCCGAUCUUUAGCUCUCGUGCUUCACCCUGGCAGCACAUGGGUCCCAAGCGUUUCCGCCACCCGCCGUGCACUAUAAGUGAACUCCCCCCUAUUGACGCUGUCCUCAUCAGUCACAACCACUAUGACCACCUGGACUAUAACUCCGUCAUCGCUUUGAAUGAGCGAUUCGGUAAUGAGCUGAGAUGGUUUGUGCCUUUGGGCCUCCUCGACUGGAUGCAAAAAUGUGGCUGUGAGAAUGUGAUCGAGCUGGACUGGUGGGAGGAGAACUGUGUCCCUGGACAUGAUAAGGUCACCUUUGUCUUCACACCUGCCCAGCACUGGUGUAAAAGGACUCUACUGGAUGACAACAAGGUUCUGUGGGGCAGCUGGUCUGUCUUGGGGCCUUGGAAUCGAUUUUUUUUUGCAGGAGAUACUGGAUAUUGCCCAGCAUUUGAAGAGAUAGGAAAAAGAUUUGGGCCUUUUGACCUUGCAGCUAUUCCCAUUGGAGCUUAUGAACCAAGGUGGUUUAUGAAGUAUCAGCAUGUAGACCCAGAAGAAGCUGUAAGGAUUCACAUUGAUGUUCAAACGAAGAAGUCGGUGGCAAUUCACUGGGGAACUUUUGCCUUAGCCAAUGAGCAUUACUUAGAACCUCCAGUGAAACUGAAGGAGGCUCUGGAAAGAUAUGGACUUAAGACUGAAGAUUUUUUUGUUUUGAAGCAUGGAGAAUCAAGAUACCUAAAUACUGAUGAAGCCUUUGAAUUAUGAGCAUAGCAGCUUUUAGUGGAAAAAGGCAUUACCUGCUACAAAUUUUUACAUUUGGAAACAACUUCCGCAAGUUUGUAUUUUUAUGCUUUGUGUAAUAAUGUGCUAACCUGAUUGCCAGUUCACAAAAAGUUCAAGUAUGGAUCAUUUAAAUAAUCAGUUGGCUAAUAAGGAUUCUAAAUCUUGUCUCAGUGAUAUAACAUUGCAGUUGAAUUUUUUAAACAAAUGCAUCCUGAGGUUAUGAAAAACUGGUCUUAAAAAGACUUCUUCUAAAGGGCCUUCUACAAUGUUAAUCAAGGCUGCCUGCGUACAUGGAUUUCUUCAGAGGCCUGCACCUAUGAACAUAGUUCCUACAUGCGUAUUAAGUGAUGAAAUUUACUCUCAUGCUGAUAGGGCAGUUCUUGCUCUAUUAAGAUUAGCUUAUAUGCCAAAUGUUGGGUUUUUUUGUUUUGUUUUUAGCAUAAAAUCAUAGGAGUAGUUUGGGCUAAGUUUACCUUUUAAAGCAGUUCUUUUUGACAGGGGAAUUGUGUAUUGUAUGUCUACAAUGCCCAAAUUAAAAGGCCUCUGAGUGGGCAAAGAAUGUGAUUAUGAGAAUAUGACAUGAAAUUUCUAUUUUUGAUCCAAAAGUGAAAUCUGCUAAGUACAAAUAUAGCUGCAAGAAAAAACUUUCCAAAGCUAAAUGCAGAUCUUAGAUGCUAAAAGACCAUAUAUUUUGAAUUCUCAUUUUGUUUUCCUAUACUCAUUCAGUAAGAUUUAUAAAUUAUUAAGCCAGUGUAGAAUUAAAGAUGGUGAUUUUGGGAAUCAGCUGACUGGAAUUUUAAGUCCUAUCAGGGCUCUCUAGUUACAUGACUAAUCUGAGCUUCCCUACAUCAGAGCUGCAGGAGGCCUAUUCUAUCUUCCUGAUUCAGUCUCAUGAAAUCAUCAAAAUAGGCUAUCAAAUUGCUACCCGGGCAGUGCUCCAUGAUUUAACUUGUACAUUAUGCAUGCCACAUGUUAGCCACUAAUCUGCAUCUUAAAUAGCUUACCUAUGUUCACUGUGCCUCAGUUUCCUCAUGAGCAACAAGAGGAUAAUUUUUACCUACCUCCAAAAAAUGUGAAUGUGAAUUAAAAAAAAAAAAAAUUGGAAAUGUAAGGGAGAAAACAAUUUAGGGGAGGGCUGCCUAAUCACAGGCAGGUUUGAAAGCUGAAAAUAGGCUAAUAAUGUUUUUGAUAAUGUGCUGCAGAUUUAAGUCUAAGGACAGGAAACACUGGAUGCAAUUUUUAUCUCCAUUUUAUAAAUUUGGAAAGGGAUAAGCCAAAACAAGUGUAAAAAAAUGUAAAUGAAAUUGAUCUUUAUCAAAAAUUAGCAUCUUUGUAGAUAAAAAUGCUAAUCCAUCAAGGAAAAGUUUGUCAUGUGUACAUAUAAUGUAUGUGAUUUGGGGGCACUAAUGCACAAAAAAUUCCCCCACAUAAAAGAAACCUACAGGAAAAACUGAGUAAGCAUAAACUUUAACUCCAAAGGAACAUUUAGCUAGAUUCACCGUCAUGAAUCAAGAUGUUAGAUUACUACUGGCCAGGGUUUUUGUUAUCUUCCUUGCUGUUGCACACUGAACUGAAAUGUCAUCUCUUACCUGUGCUUUACAAAAUGAUAAGCCAAAUAUAUCUUGCUUCUUUUCCAUGAAUGGCCUUAACAUUUUUUGUAUUCACAUGUACUGUUUAACUGAGAGUCUCCAAGCACUUCAAAUUAUGUUCUAGUUCCACUUAAUUGGGCCUGUCUCAUCAAUUAAGAGAAAUUCUAUCUAAUGAAAGCUAAGCUGUGUCAUGACCUAUACGGAUAAAGAUCAAUGUGAAUUUUCACUAUGUAUUUCUCUCUGGGUAGUUAAAAAUUACUCCUUUUCUCUAGCAUUCUGACAUUUCAUCUGACUGCCAGGAAAUGAGACUACUUAUUCAAACUAGAAGAGACAGUUUUAGAACCUAAUGUUGAAAAAGCACUAUGAAACCAAAUCAUGGUUUUGAAUGUGUAUAUUUUGAACACAUUUUCAUUAAGGGGGCAGAUUUAAGGAAAAAGUUAUAAAGAAAUGUGCCUUUCAGGGAAUGCUUAUGUUUGCAUCAUAAAUAAAAGUAUUAUUCUAAAGCACCACAUAUAUAUUACUAGUGUGGUCAUUUGAAUUGCCAUAUUCACCUUGCACUGAAUUUUUUCCUACCAUAAACCUUUUUUCCAAGUUUGAUUUCUGUUUCAGGAUAACCUGAGACUUUCGCAUUUUUCUGUUUGAGAUUUUCUGACUUCCUGUGGACACCAUGUAUGUAUAAAUGAAAUUUAAAGCUUUGUCUUAAAUGAACAUGAAAGCAUCUGUUUGCGUACCUAUUUAAUACUAAGCAUGGUGGUGCUAUGAACUUGAUAAUUAUAAAAACUUUGUUGAAAUAAAAGAUAACAGUAUUGUUUUAGUAGCUUUUGUGGACUAAGAUACUAGUUAAAAAAGUAGCUGAGAAAUUUUAAAAGUAGCUGUGACUUUAGCCUAAAGUCACAAAAUAUGCAAAUUUAGUACUAUCAAUUAAGAGGAAAAAACAACCUUGUGAUUCCCCUCUAACUGUAAAAUUUAUGUUCAGAGUAAAAAUUUAAACAGUAAAAGAGGGUAUAGAUAGAAAAGUAAUUCUAGAAGUACAUUAUAUAGGCAUAAAUAUUUUUCAUUUAAAAACCACAAAGGGGGUUAUAUAUGUUUAAAAAAUACCUACGUUUCAUGGAUUUUUCCCACAUCAGCAUAUUCGGACCUGGUUUGUUAUUUUUAAAGACUAACUCAUUGAUUUGUCCAAUCACCAAUGGAUAUUUCAAUUGGUCCCAGUAUUUCAUGUAUAGCAUCUUUGCAUAUUGACACACUGAAUGGCAGUUAGUACUAGGACACAUUUCUCCUAGAAGUUUACUGUUUUCAUUAGCUAGAACAGAUUCUAAUGAUUACAACAGGCUUGAAGCAGUAUAUCUGGGGUGGCAGAUGGACUAGAGCUCUCAGGAACUCAUCACUACUAGAAACGAGGUCAUCCCAGGCAGUUCUGAAACAACUCAUUACAUAACCAAUCCUGCCUCAGGAGUAACUGCAAGUCACCUGACACAGUAGAAAAAAGCUCACUUCAUGCAAAUAGUUGAAGUAUCUCAACAAACAGAUACAAAAUAAAGAUAUCAAUGGUUGCAGAAUAAGCUUUUAUAUUCAGUUUGUAUCAAUAAAAUGGUCCAAAAUACACCAGAAAACCAUGGCAAGCUGUAACUGUGCUAAGGAGUUGUGAUAAUUUACUACUUAAAAAUCAGCAGCUGAAAGAAUUCAUUUUAAGGAAAAUGAAAAAUAAACUUACGUGAAUUGCUUCCAGACUGCAUUACUC